GCAGCGAGGAGUGCGCAGGUGCGAGCGCGCAGCUGAGCCGAAGUCAGAUGGAAAGAAGGAGCCCCAAAAGGGAGACAUCAUCCUCGGAUAACGUGACGCUCCGCCAGUCGUCCUUUGCCUGACGGAUAGAAAGUGAACGUGGAACUGUUUAUUAUUUUAAUUUGAUGUUUCUUUACCGCUGCUCGGACACGGAAGAGACUCCUCACUGCUUCCCUCCGCCCGCGGGGGAGAAAAACAAAAAACAAAAACGCUUUUAUUUUCCGUUAAUGAUGGAAUUUAAACUUGCCUGCUUCAACUUUCUGAAUUCUCGUCGGGCUUUUCAAAGUCGGCGCACACCGGCGGUUGUUUAAUGGCUGAGGGGUGCCGCCGCCAGAGUCGUGCGUGGAGGAAGAGGACAGAGUGAGGCGGGAAAAGCGGGCGCACUUUUUUUUUUUUUUUUUUUAAAUUUAAAAACAUUUUUUUUUUUUCAGCAUUAUUAUUUUCCUCCCUGCAUCUUGUUUCUUCCGGAGUAUGUCUGCACUCCGAAAGAAAUUCGGGGACGAUUACCAGGUAGUGACCACCUCAUCCAGCGGCUCCGGCUUCAACAAGCAGGCGCCCGCGGAGAAGAAGCGCAAGAGGCAGCGCUUCGUGGACAAGAACGGCCGCUGCAACGUCCAGCAUGGCAACCUGGGCGGGGAGACCAGCCGCUACCUCUCCGACCUCUUCACCACGCUGGUGGACCUGAAAUGGCGCUGGAACCUGUUCAUCUUCAUCCUCACCUACACGGUGGCCUGGCUCUUCAUGGCGUCCAUGUGGUGGUGCAUCGCCUACAUCCGCGGGGACCUGCACCGGGCGCACAACGACAAGUACACGCCGUGCGUGGCCAACGUCUACAACUUUCCCUCCGCCUUCCUCUUCUUCAUCGAGACCGAGGCCACCAUCGGCUACGGCUACCGCUACAUCACGGACAAAUGUCCCGAGGGCAUCAUCCUCUUCCUCUUCCAGUCCAUCCUGGGCUCCAUCGUCGACGCCUUCCUCAUCGGCUGCAUGUUCAUCAAGAUGUCGCAGCCCAAGAAGCGGGCGGAGACGCUCAUGUUCAGCGAGCACGCCGCCAUCUCCAUGCGAGACGGCAAACUCACGCUCAUGUUCCGGGUGGGCAACCUGCGCAACAGCCACAUGGUCUCCGCGCAGAUCCGCUGCAAGCUGCUCAAAUCUCGUCAGACCCCUGAAGGCGAGUUCCUUCCGCUGGACCAGUUGGAGCUGGAUGUGGGUUUCAGCACGGGAGCCGACCAGCUCUUCCUGGUGUCGCCGCUCACCAUCUGCCACGUGAUCGACACCAAAAGCCCCUUCUACGACCUCUCGCAGAGGUCCAUGCAAACGGAGCAGUUUGAAAUCGUGGUGAUACUGGAGGGCAUCGUGGAGACCACAGGGAUGACCUGCCAGGCGAGGACGUCCUACACCGAGGACGAGGUCCUGUGGGGCCACCGCUUCUUCCCGGUCAUCUCCUUGGAGGAGGGCUUCUUCAAGGUGGACUACUCGCAGUUCCACGCCACCUUCGAGGUGCCCACCCCGCCCUACAGCGUGAAGGAGCAGGAGGAAGCCCUGCUCCUCGCCUCGCCCGUCAUGGCCCCGUCGUUGUGCAACAGCGGGGAGAAGAACAGCUCCCUGGACUGCUUGGAGACCCUGGAGGACAAUGACAGCACCACCAAGCUGCCCGCCAAGCUCCAGAAGAUCACGGGGCGGGAAGGCCUGCCCAAGAAGCUCCUGAGGAUGAGCUCCACCACCUCGGAGAUGACGUACAGUUUCGGAGACCUGCCCAUGAAGCUGCAGCGGAUCAGCUCGGUCCCGGGGGUCUCCGACGACAGGCACGGCGGGAGGGUCUCCAAAAUAAGCACGGAGCCCAUCAGUAAGUCGGUUGCGGACUUGCCCCCUAAGCUGCAGCGACUGGCCGGGGGCAGGAUGGACGGACACCUGCCGCCCAAACUUAGAAAGAUGAAUUCGGAUCGCUUCACAUAGAGCGAGCUCUUUUAACUCCUUAACGUCUUUCUCUCCUGACUUUGCCAGUUGAAAAAUAUUCCUCUUAUAUCGAAAGAUGUGCACAAGCAGCUUAUGUCCAGCGGGCGUCCCCGGUGUGCAGUCGUGGUCGAAGGUUUACAUACACUUGUGAAGAACGUUAUGUCGUGGCUGUCUUGAGUUUGUCCAAUUUUUUGUUUUCAUCCGACCACACAACUUUCCUCCAGAAGGUCUUAUUUUUGUCCAUGUGAUGUCAGAAGAAACAAAAAUUGGCCACAAUACCCAGCAAUACGUUUGAGGCUUUUAAUCCCAGGCACACCAGGCCUACCGCAAAAGCAUGGUGGUGGAAGCAUUACCGUAUUUCCUUGAAUUGCCGCCGGGGCGCUAAUUAAUUUAAAACCUCUUCUCACUCCGGCGCUUACCAAAGGCAUGCGCUUAAAAUUUUGAGUGUGAUGUAAGGAUACCAUCAUGAAAAAUAAACUUUAUUAUGGUCUUACCUUUACUUAUAAAUGAAGUCCAUGCACAGCUUCUCCUGAUAAAAAACAUCGAUAACUUGUUUAUAGAAGUCUUCCUUAUGUUUCUUCAGUUUUAAAGGUCUCUGUCUCGAUGGAGAUCUUCCUUUAUUACCUCCUGUUUCGAUUGAAAGUCCAGUUUAGAAAACUUUUAUUUCAGAUAUGUAAUCCCCCAUGUUAAAAGUGCAAGCGAGAGGAAAAAAUAUACACACGCUGCUUGUUGUCACUUCUUCUGCAGCCGAGUAGUCGCAAGAAGGAUCACUAGCGCCCUCUACCACCAGGAGGCGGGAGUCAUUUAAUGACUCAUACUUGACACACGCAGCUACGGUAUAUUAAUAAAACAUAGCUGCUUACUUGUCUUUUUUAGCAUACUCAAUAGCUUGGACCUUAAAUCCUACUGAAUAGCUCCUAAUCUUCGUCCCUUUGUGCGAUUUCAAAUGAUUGAAAUCAGCCCCCUCCAUUUUGAAAAUGAUGACAGGUGAAGUGUCACUCGUGACGUGACGAGUUUGACCCUGUGGAAAUCCUAGGCAUAUGCUGAUUAUUUUGCGAAACGAGUUUGACCCGGCGGAAAUUCUCGACAUGCGCUAAUAAAAAUAAUAUUUUGCGAAACGAGUUUGACCCGGCAGUAAUUCUAGGCAGGCGCGUACUAUACACCCGGCGGCAAUUCAAGGAAAUACGGUAUUGUCUGUGCCUGUUUUGCUGCCAAUGGAACUGGUGCGUUACAGAGAGUAAAUAGUUGAGUUAAAGUUAAAGUACAGACACUAGGUGUGGUGAUAUUUGUCCUCUGCAUUCGACCCAUCCCCUUUGUUCACCCCCUGGGAGGUGAGGGGAGCAGUGGGCAGGAGCAAUUCCGCACCCGGGAAUAAUUCCAACCCUUGGUGCUGAGUGCCAAGCAGCGAGGUAAUGGGUCCCAUUUUUGUAGUCUUAGGUAUGACUCGGCCGGGGUUUGAACUCAGGGUGGACACUCUAACCACUAGGCCACCGAGUAGGACAAUGAAAAAGGACCCAUUUUUUCAGGACAACCUACAAUCAUCAUCAACCCGGAGGUUGGGUCUUGGGUGCAGUUGGGUGUUCCAACAGGAUAAUGACCCCAAACACACCGUCAAAAGUGGUAAAGGAAUGGCUAAAUCCGGCUAGAAUUAAGAUUUUAGAAUGGCCUUCCCAAAGUCCUUACUUAAUUAAACGUGUGGACAAUGCUGAAGAAACAAGUCCACGUCAGAAAAACAACAAAUUAAGCUGAACCGCACCAAUUUUGUCAAAAGGAGCGCCUUACUGCAUUGAAACUUGCCAAGGGACAUGUAACCCAAAUUGUACGUAUACUUUUGACAUUGACAUUUUCAGUAGACCCAUAAUAAAUUCAUAAAAGAACCAAAAUUCAUGAAUGUUUUUUUUUGUGACCAACAAGUAUGUGCUCCAAUUACAAAAAAAAAAAAAAAAAAUUGUAGAAGUGAUCGGAAACUCAAGACAGCCACGACAUUAAGUUCUGCACAAGUGUACGUAAACUUUUGACGGGGACUGCAAGUGUACAUGCAUUGACGGAAGACUCUCGUUGGGACGUUCUACAAUUAGCACAAUCAGGCAUGUGAGAAGAAAACAGCGCAUGUAGAACCCAAUCUCAAUAAUGAAUUCCCGGCAUGACAUUAACCGAUGUUUGUAGAAAAAAAAAAAAAAAAAAAAAAAUUCUAAUUUCAUUCGUAAAUCUUCUGAUGAAGUGAGUGGAAAAGAAAAAAAAAUUGCACAAAGCCAUAUAAUUUCAAACCCACAUGAUUCUAAUUUGUGGCACUCAUUUGUUUUGAGUUUCUUGCUUUGGUUGUUUAAUGUAAAGUUGUGAUUGCAUGCUCCUCUUACUGACUAUACAAAAAAAAAAAAGGUCAUAGACAACGUUGUUUAGCCUUAACUAUAUUACCUUGUUUCCAUUGUCAUGCUCUUUCCGGAACUUAGGGCCUGAUCUACUAAAGAUCCAAAUGCCAGGAGCUAAACAGCAGGGGACCAAAAAAUGUGCUUGCCUACAAAGACAGCGUGGACAAUUAACAACAACUGCAAAAGUAACGCAGAUCGCCUUAUUUAAAAAAUGUUCUUUUUAACCAUGGCAGCCACCAUGGAGACACUCAUUUACUGCACAUUAACGUUACCAUGCUCCUACCCGUGGGGCUCUGCUAUGUUUUCAAACAUGCAGCAUAUCUUUAUGCACCAUUUACUGGGCAUUUUAGAGGCAGCGUAUCAAGAAGAAACCCCACAUUUUUGAGCGUCCAAAAGAAAAUGCAUAUUGCAACAGUUUAUUUUUAUAUAUAUAUAAAGUAAACACAACAUUAUUAAUAUUGCUACUAUGGAUAAUUUCAACAAAAACUCCUCUAUAUAA